GAGUCUCCUGCUCCAGGUGAGUGUGGUUUCCAGAGAGAACUUUCAAGUUAAGUGGGCUCACCUCUAGAGCAGGUCUUGUGCUGGAAUUCCAAAGCCAUCUUCUAUGCCCACCCUGCAAACCAGGGCACUUAAGAGUGUGCUCCCCACAAGGGACUCAGACUCAGUCCCUGGUGUAGGUGGUCCAGAAAAGGCUCACCAAAGUGUGCUAUGUAUGAGCUUGGAGCAGAGAAUUCAGGAAGCCUACCAGGGCCUGGCCUGUCUGAGUUGAGCAGAGCUGGAGCCCUAUCAGAGGAUGUGACAAGGGAGAGCACAGACCCAUGUAGGGAAGCUAACUGGCUUUAUCUCGUGUGGCCAGAAAGGAAAGACGCAGGAAGACUAGCCAUGGAGUGAUCCACUUCACCACAGUCAGUAAUUUAAGGUGAAGCCUUGGAACACCCGGUGGGUCUCUACAAUGUAUUGCCCUGGGGCUCCAUGUGGAGAAUGUGCAAUGUGUGACCUGGGGUGCUUUGGAGGUUCAGGGACAGGUCCUAUUCAGGUCGCAUCAGUGAUGAUAACCCUUCUCAUCCCCAGCGUGGAUGCAGUGGCAAGGGAGCUGCUUAUGGCUACACUGGAGGAGCUGAGCCAGGAGCAGCUGAAGCGCUUCCGCCACAAGCUACGGGAUGCGCCCCUGGAUGGCCGCAGCAUCCCGUGGGGGCGACUGGAACGUUCAGACGCUGUGGACCUUGUCGACAAGCUCAUUGAGUUCUAUGAGCCAGUGCCAGCUGUAGAAAUGACCCGGCAGGUCCUGAAGAGGUCGGAUAUUCGAGAUGUGGCCUCGCGACUUAAACAGCAGCAGCUGCAGAAGCUCGGCCCCACCUCGGUGCUUCUCUCCGUGUCAGCGUUCAAGAAGAAGUACCGGGAGCACGUGCUACGACAGCAUGCUAAGGUGAAGGAGAGGAAUGCUCGCUCUGUGAAGAUCAACAAGCGCUUCACCAAGCUGCUCAUCGCUCCGGGGACCGGCGCUGUGGAGGACGAGCUGCUGGGGCCGUUGGGGGAGCCGGAGCCCGAACGCGCUCGGCGCUCGGACACGCACACUUUUAAUCGGCUCUUCCGGGGAAAUGAGGAAGAGAGCUCGCAGCCGCUGACCGUGGUGCUGCAGGGCCCGGCAGGCAUCGGCAAAACCAUGGCCGCCAAGAAAAUCCUCUAUGACUGGGCAGCAGGUAAGCUAUACCACAGCCAGGUGGACUUUGCCUUCUUCAUGCCGUGCGGCGAGCUGCUGGAGCGGCCGGGUACGCGCAGCUUGGCGGACCUGGUGCUGGACCAGUGCCCGGACCGCGCUUGGCCAGUGAAGCGGAUACUGGCACAACCCAAUCGCCUACUGUUCAUCCUGGACGGUGCAGAUGAACUGCCUACUUUAGCAUCCUCAGAGGCCACUCCCUGCAAAGACCCUAUGGAGGCUACAAGUGGCUUGAGAGUGCUGAGCGGGCUGCUGAGCCAGGAGUUGUUACCAGGAGCUCGCUUGCUGGUGACUACACGCAAUGCCGCUACCGGGAGGCUGCAGGGCAGAUUGUGCUCUCCACAGUGCGCAGAAAUACGCGGCUUCUCAGACAAAGACAAAAAAAAGUAUUUCUUCAAGUUCUUCCGGGACGAGAGGAAGGCAGAGCGCGCUUACCGCUUCGUGAAAGAGAACGAGACGCUGUUUGCACUGUGCUUUGUGCCCUUCGUGUGCUGGAUCGUGUGCACAGUGCUGCAGCAGCAGCUAGAGCUGGGCCGGGAUCUCUCUCGUACCUCCAAGACCACUACUUCUGUGUACCUGCUCUUCAUCACCAGCAUGCUGAAGUCUGCAGGCACCAAUGGACCCCGGGUUCAGGGAGAGCUGCGAACGCUGUGUCGCCUGGCCCGGGAGGGCAUCCUGGAUCAUCAUAAAGCACAAUUCUCAGAAGAGGACCUGGAGAAAUUGAAGCUUCGGGGUUCCCAAGUUCAGACAAUAUUUCUCAACAAGAAGGAGAUACCAGGAGUGCUAAAAACUGAGGUCACCUACCAGUUCAUUGACCAGAGCUUCCAGGAGUUCUUGGCUGCGUUGUCAUACCUACUAGAAGCUGAGCGAACUCCAGGGACGCCCGCAGGUGGUGUGCAGAAGCUCCUGAACUCUGACGCGGAGCUACGUGGUCAUCUUGCACUGACCACCCGAUUCCUCUUUGGCCUGCUAAAUACAGAGGGGAUUCGUGACAUUGGAAACCAUUUUGGCUGUGUGGUGCCAGAUCAUGUGAAAAAGGACACCCUGCAGUGGGUACAAGGACAGAGCCACCCCAAGGGGCCACCAGCAGGGGCAAAAAAGAAUGCUGAGCUGGAGGACAUCGAGGAAGCAGAGGAGGAGGAGGAGGAGGAGGAAGAGGAGGAUCUCAAUUUUGGACUGGAGCUGCUGUACUGCCUGUAUGAGACACAGGACGAGGAUUUUGUUCGACAGGCUCUCAGCAGCCUUCCAGAGAUAGUACUGGAGCGAGUUAGGUUGACCCGUAUGGACCUUGAGGUUCUGAAUUACUGCGUGCAGUGCUGCCCAGAUGGUCAGGCUCUGAGACUGGUGAGCUGUGGGCUGGUGGCGGCAAAGGAGAAGAAGAAGAAGAAGAAGAGCCUGGUGAAGCGGCUGAAGGGCUCUCAAAGCACCAAGAAACAACCCCCAGUCUCCUUGCUGCGUCCACUCUGUGAGACAAUGACUACCCCGAAAUGUCAUCUGAGUGUUCUGAUCUUGUCACACUGCAAACUCCCUGAUGCAGUUUGUCGAGACCUUUCUGAGGCCCUGAAGGUAGCUCCUGCCCUAAGGGAGUUGGGCCUCCUCCAGAGCCGGCUCACCAACACAGGCCUGCGUUUACUGUGCGAAGGCCUGGCUUGGCCCAAGUGCCAGGUGAAGACACUCAGGAUACAGCUGCCUGACCUCCAAGAGGUGGUCAAUUACUUGGUCAUCGUGCUCCAGCAGAGCCCAGUCCUGACCACUCUGGACCUCAGUGGCUGUCAGCUGCCUGGCGUCAUAGUGGAACCUCUGUGUGCAGCCCUGAAGCACCCUAAAUGCUGCCUAAAGACCCUCAGUCUGACCUCUGUGGAGCUGAGUGAGAACUCACUGAGGGAUCUUCAGGCUGUGAAGACAUCAAAGCCAGAUCUGUCCAUCAUAUAUUCAAAAUAAGGCACACCUCACCGGCCUCGGAAGGGUGAGGCAGUGUCUUCUGAGGCCCUGGAGUCCAGAACACGAUGGAAGAUGCUGUAGCCAAAGUCCCUCUGAAUAUGACCUCCCCAUUCAAAAGCAAGAAGAUGCCAGCUUCUCCCUCCAGGCAAGUCUUUCAAGCCAAGAAGCCACAGAAGGGCAAGCAAAAGACCCAGGUAGAUACAGGCCCUUGAUAGCUCCUGAUAGACCUGGCACAUGCCCUGCCCUGGACACUCUGCGGUUGGUCUUCCCUCAGUCCCACAACCAGCAAUGCCUUCCUUUCUGAGCCUACCAUUCUGUCCCUUGACGAUAAUCCCAACAGUAAUAGAAGCAUUCAGCAACUGAGCGUGUUGUUGAGUGUUGUCACUCAUGUGUGAUCUGGCCCCCAGCUGUCAUAUGAGUGAACAUAGGUUCCCAGAGUUCUGCCCUCUGUAGGCAGAAGAUAGGUGGAUUACCAUUGCCAUCUGGAAUGUUGGGAGCUGGCUUUUGGGAGGAUGCCGUCCCUGAAACCUUAGGCCUUUAGUCAGGAGGGAUCCACUUGCUGCCUGAGAGAUACAGGAAAGGAGCCAGAAGAGUGACAGUUUCCACUGAUGGUGGGAGCUAGCACAGCACAGUGAAUCUCUCCCAACAUAAUAAAUUUUCUUUUGGAUUCCCUUUUGUUGAUCUCUGUAACACUUGUCAAGGUACCAAAGUAGGUGUUAACAUCAUCUUCCCUAUAAGCACAAAUACAAGCCAAGGUUAAUCCGCAGUCCACCACUGAAGAAACAGGGUUGGCAUACUGGCCUGAGCACAGAAAGUCUUCAAGAAAGGCUUGGCCUUCAGAGCUGGGGCGAGCCAUGAAUACCCCAGACCUGAGUCUUCUCUGCCCAGGACUGCUGGCUCAGAGCACUCUGCAGUGAGCCCCUUUACUUCCCAGGGGAAAUUCCCUCCACAAUCCCACAAUCCCAAUAAAUGCAUCCCUUCAUCCUUCCAAA